UCCCAAUCAAUAUGGCGCAUGUUGAUAUGAUAAAUUGACAGCUGUGUUUUGUCUUUGUGCGGACGUUGUAAUGUUUAUUUUACAUCUCCAGACUAAUAAAGUUAAACUUGAACAAUGACGAGACCGUUUGGUAACAGUGACAAACGUUUUUCGAUCGACGACGCCUUUGAGGAGGAGACAGAUGAAGCUAUAAAAGUGUAUGGAGCGACGGGUGACCGUUCGCCUUUACAGAACAAAUACAAGAAUGGGGGUGAUUUUAUAUCGAGUAAAACAUACAAAUGCACCGAAGACACGACGUCCCGUGACUCAGAUUCACUUAUACACGAGUAUGUGGAAGCAACACAAUCCAUGUACUGCUGGAACCAUCCCAAAGUCCGCGAAAACUGGAAGACGGUGUGCGCUGCUGUAGUGCUCCUUAUCGUUGGAGUAGGCCUCUUGGGAAUGGGCGCUUUUGCUGUCGCUGAACCAGAAAACGGAUUGCAGGGUGCAGUCUUUUUCGUCGCAGGUAUGAUUUGCUUUGUUCCCGGAGCAUACCACGUUGUUUACAUAUGGCUGGCAGCAAGAGGCCAACGAGGGUACGACUUCUACCACCUCCCUCUUUUCACCUGAUUUGUCUAGUGGUUUAACUAUUUA